AUGGUGCGGUUGCUGGGGCUCACAGGGCCCAUCGCCUGCGGGAAGAGCACGGUGAGCGCGUUGCUGGCCGAGGGGCCGGAAGGAUGGCCAGUGGUAGACGCGGACAAGAUUGCUCACCAGUUGCUGGCCGAUCCAGCAGGCCCGGUCCAUCGCCGAGUCGUGGCGGCAUUCGGCAGCGGCAUCCUGACGGAGGGAAUCAUCGACCGGGAGAAGCUGGGGAAAAUCGUGUUCGCAGAUCCGGCGAAGAGGAGGGAGCUGGACAAGGCGACCCACGGCGCGAUCCUCUGGGCCAUCCUGAGGCGGACCUGUGCUCUGAUGAUGGCAGGCCACAGGUGCAUCGUGCUGGACGUGCCACUGCUGCUGAAGUUCCCCCUGCUGCGGCGCCUCUUUCUGUCAGCUGUGCUCGUCGUAGUGGUGUCGCCGGAGGUGCAGCUUGCACGGCUCAUGUCCCGCAACGAGCUCAGCGAGGAGGAGGCCAAAAAGAAGAUCGCGGCGCAGCUUUCGGCAGAGGCGCAGCGGAAGCUGGCAGACGAGGUCAUCGAGAACAACGGCACCCAGGAGGAUCUGCGCCGUGCCGUGGCGGAUUUCCGCCGCGCCGCAGUCCGUGGGUGGCCGGCCUCGGUGGUUUGCGUGACGCUGGCGGCGGGCCUGGUGGCGGGCGCGGCACUGGUGAAGGCGGGCACCUCCGCUGCGAGUGCAGUGGGGUGCCUCUCCCUGGCGGCCGUGGCCGUGUGCAUGGCCUGA